AUGGGGCUUAUUGACUUGAGGGUUGGAAUCAAUGAUGGCCGCCUCCCAACCUGCUUACCCCUUCGAAUCGGUCUCUCUGCUGCUGCGCCACAUGAGGCGAGCAAGUCCACAUACCACCAUCACUACCCUCACAGCCUGACUGUCUUCGUCAUCGGCGGCUCACAAGAAAUGAUACCGCCCGAGCGCAGGCGUUUCAGAGACAUUUUCUGGACAGUAACCUACCCUGUCGGUACCAAAGUGGUACUCGGUCUUACAGACGGGGAUGGGAGGUUAGCUCCAUGGUCUUUGAGGUCGUCGCGGGUCCUUCUGCCGAAUGUAUCAAGCGGCCGAAUUCUCAAGAUGGGUCGCCUGCCAGACGGCUGGAGAUUUGACGCGGUUGGCGGGAAUGAGCAAUAUCAGCUAUCGUCUUUGUCUACGCGCGAGCCUGCAUCUUAUCAGAUAAACAUGAUGUCGAUGUCUAUCACCUCUGGUUAUACCUCCUCGGCCGAGUCUCAGUCAGACCGUUCCACUCGUCAUGAUGCUGGGAAACCAACGAGAGCCUCGGUUGCUGACGCGACUGGUUCCUGGGCGUCUGGAACCGGUGUAUCACGCUUCCGAGGACGAUCUAUUUCUCCUAGCGAGCCCAAUUCGAUCGGGACGAUAAUUGGGUCCCAGGUUCCGAGUGCGGGAUUACUUGAAGGAGUUGCAGAGCGCUUAAGAACAGAUUACGCGAAAGCAGAGUCACAAAACGUGUUGCAGCGGCGAGACUCGCCGACGAACUCUCAAGGAUUGACAACAAUCCUGAUCGUUGACAUCGUAGCACUCGCUUUGUUACUUCUCGGUGCGGCCUUAUGCGCCAUCCAGGCUGUUCUCAAGCGGCGGGCGCGUCGAAGAGGAGGAUCAAACGGAAAGACCUCCGGUAUUCCCUUGGGGAAUGUUAACGAUCAUGACGUCGCCGAACGGCACCCACCCGCAAUUGUGUCCUCCAGCCCACGCUCAAGCACUUUGCGCAGGCAGUCCCUGGCCACGGAAAGUGUCCUCAGCAGAUACAGCCUCAAACCCGAAGAGAUGGACUCACCACCGCCCGUGCCUCCCACGACGCCGACAACCGCGAACUUCACCGAAUCGCCCCUUCCAACUCCAUUGUCCAUGUCGUCUACGCCCAGCACAUGGCCUGGGGUCACGCCGCAGCUUACCAGCUUUCCAGACGCGGCUUAUGGAGACCCGUACCCAAGCCCAAGCGUCUCUGGGGGAGGCCGACGACAGCAGCACAAGAGAAGCACGCAGCUGAGCUUCUCGAGUUUCGCCUCCGUGCGGGCUGCGAAGGCGAUCUCGCGCCUUGCGCGCUUCUCCAAGUCGGCCUACCCCGACGAGCCAGCGCUCUCAGAUGCCCAUAGCGCGGUGCUCGCGAGGCAGGCGUCGGGUUCGUCUUCGCGGACGAUGAAGAAAUCAAGCAGGAACACUCUUCGUCCGGGUACGGCGUCGAGCCAGAAUGAACAGGACAGCCCGGUCGAAAGCAACGAGAGUCCUGUUGGUAGUGCGAGCCCCAGUAGAACAGAUUGGUAUCAGGUCAGCGAAGAUGCACCUGCUAUGCCUCCCCUUGUGUUCAGACACGGAGACUUGCAUAUCCCUUUUCGAUAG